CCCCGACUAACUUCAGUUCGGUCCACCUGUUUUACUUUGAAAAGCGACCCGGAAGUGAAGCGCUCUGCUUUUAUUUUGGAAAGAUUCAGCGGAAGUGCUCAUUUCGAAAGGAGAAGUAAGAAAACAGUCAGAAACAAGGUGGACUUCGGCUAAAGCGGGUCCGGACAGCGGGUUCGGACCGCCGUCAGGUUCUGCAGAGAAUGGACCGAGCCUGGGCAGAACGGAAUUCUGGGUGAUUCUGCUAGGAAGGAGGUCCUCGGACGCGGUUGGAGCCGAACGCCUGGUCCAUUUCUGUGACCUCUGAGGGGUUGCACGGAUUACAGCAGGUCUCGGCAGAUCCUGGAGGUCUCAUCAGAUCCUGGAGAUUUCAGCAGAUCCUGGAGGUCUCAGCAGAUCCUGGAGGUCUCAUCAGAUCCUGGAGGUCUCAGCAGAUCUCGGAGGUCUCAUCAGAUCCUGGAGGUCUCAGAAGAUCUCGGAGGUCUCAUCAGAUCCCGGAGGUCUCAUCAGAUCCUGGAGGUCUCAUCAGAUCCUGGAGGUCUCAUCAGAUCCCGGAGGUCUCAUCAGAUCCUGGAGGUCUCAGCAGAUCUCGGAGGUCUCAUCAGAUCCUGGAGGUCUCAGAAGAUCUCGGAGGUCUCAGCAGGUUCCUGGAGGUCUCAGCAGAUCUCGGAGGUCUCAGCAGGUUCCUGGAGGUCUCAGCAGAUCCUCGAGGUCUCAGCAGGUUCCUGGAGGUCUCAGCAGGUUCCUGACCAGAAGCUGGACCACAGGAAUGCUGAGAGCAGCUCAGAGAUGUCCUACUGGUCCGUCGGCGUUCUUCAGGAUCCGGGAAUGACCAACACAGAGGAGGAUGAAGGUUCUGGAGGGUCUCCGGUUCCUCCGCUGGAGCAGUCUGGGUCCAGGUCUCCUCCCUCCUCCCUCCUGGAAGACAUCGAAGCCGCGUAUCGGCGUGGAGACGAGGCGGACGCCGCAGAGCUGGUCCAGAAGGCCAUGUGUUCCGAGUGCAGUGCAGGGGUCUGGCCUGAUGGGGUGAAGCUCCUGUCUUUGGCUGCUCACCAUGGAGAUGCUCAGAGCGUGACGUACCUCCUCAAAGACGCCCACAUCGCCGUUCCUCAGAGGCCGUCAGGCUCUCAUCCGGUUGUCCUCGCCGCUUCCUGUGGUCACUUGGUUGUGGUGCAGGAGCUGCUGGACUGUGUUCCAGAUGUGUCGGCAAACGGCGCCCUGCUUCGCCGCUCGCUGCUCGCCGCCUGUCAGCAGGGUCACAUGGACGUGGUCCGGCUGCUGGUCCACAGAUAUGGCGCAGAUGUUCAGGACUGCAACUCUCACAACCAAGAAUUUGCUGUCAUCAGCAAGUUGCCGCUGUACGCUGCUGCCCAGGCAGGAAACACUGAAAUCGCUCACUUCCUGCUGGAGCACGGAGCCGCGCUGUCGUCCUACGCCCUCAUAGAUCACUCUACCUUCAGCAAAGAUCUCCUCAGACGGAGGCUGCAGGGAUCAAACCAAUCCAGUGGAGAUCAGGCUGUCACUGUUUGCUGGGGGGGUUUGCAGCUGCCCUGGUUGGAGCUGGACUGGUUUCUAGACGUCUCGUCUCGGAUCGUCCACCUGGACUUGUCCUCCAACAGACUCGCCGCUCUGCCCUCGGUGGUUCCAUGGGGUCUGAUCCGCCUCCAGACUCUGGACCUGUCCAACAACAAACUGAAGGAGCUGCCUGCUGCUAACAACUCACAGGAUGUCAUCUGCUCCAGUCUGCAGCAGAUCGACCUCGGUCAGAACCAGCUGGAAAGUUUACCCACCGGACUGCUGCACCUGACCAACCUGACCCGACUCUGCACAGCGACGAAUCACCUCACGGUUCUGUUCCACAUCCCAGCAGACGUGAACUGGAUCGGCCUCCGUAAACUGGAGGAGCUGGACCUGUCCCACAACUCGCUGAGCGUUCUCCCUGGGAGCAUCAUGCACUGCCUGAAGUCCCUGCGCAACCUGAACGUGAGCAGCAACCAGCUGCUGUCGUUCCCAGAACCCUGGACCUGUCCUUUGACUCACUGCAGAGCUUCCUCCAACUUGAUGGCGUCGCUCCCAGGAAGCAUCUCUCCGUACUGGAGGGCAGAGCUUCAGGAGGUGGACUUCUCUGACAACCGUCUGACUGAGCUUCCGUCGUACCUGUUCCAGCUGGAGGCGCUCACCGCCAUGAAACUCAGCGGAAACCUCAUCACAGCGCUCCCUGCUGCCAGCAGCUGGAAAUGCACACAGCUGAAGAGUUUGGACCUAUCCAAGAACCAGCUGGGCAGAUCUGAUGUUGGACAUAAAUCCCGGAGAAUGGCCUUCCUGUCUGCUUGGAGCAGGAGGGAGGCUGACCCAGUGAAUCCUGUUGAGUUUCCCAGAAUCCUCAGGAAUUCCUUGGAGGUUCUGUUUUUGAACGACAACCAGCUGGACUGUGUCCCCCCUUCACUGUGUGGUCUGCACAGCCUGACUGAGCUCUACCUGUCCAGCAAUCCUGGGAUCCGGGAGCUUCCUGUGGAGCUGGGACAGCUCUCCAACCUCUGGCAGCUCGACAUCGAAGACCUGAGCAUCACCAACGUCCCACAGGAGGUCCAAGUGGAAGGUCCCGCGUCAGUGCUGGCUUUCCUGCGAGCCCAGAACCGGAAGGCUGAACCUUGCAGACAGCUCAAGAUGCUUGUGGUUGGACCAGCCAGGCAGGGCAAAACGGCUCUGAUUCAGGCUCUGCUCGGAGGAAAGGUUUCCCCCUUUAGCCAUGCAGAACACAGCGUGACGACCUUUACCUGGGAGACUGAAAGAGACGGUCCUGGAAAAAACAAUAAGGACCUGUUGGAGUUCAGUGUGUGGGACCUAGGUGGUGCUGCCAGUACCAGCACAGUCAACCAGUGUUUCUUCACGGACAAGUCUCUGUAUGUGGUGGUCUGGAACCUGGCGUUGGGAGAGGAAGCUGUGGCCCACCUGCAGACCUGGCUCUUAAACAUUGAGGCGAGAGCCCCCAACUCCACCGUGUUGGUUGUAGGAACUCAUCUGGAUCUCGUGGAUACCAAGUUCCGCAUGGAGAGACUGGCCACGCUCAGAGCUCACGUCCUGGCGUUGUGCCGCUCCCCGUCAGGGGCUCGAGCUGCAGGUUAUCCAGACGUCUCCUUGAAGAAUCUACAUGAGGUGUCCUGUAAGACAUCUGAAGGUGUCAGCGGUCUGAAGACGCUCAUCCAGCAGGUGGCGCUCCUCAUGAAGGACAGCAGCUUGCUCUGGGGGAGGAAGUUGGUGGACCGUCUGAUCCCAAAGAGCUACCUGGUUCUUCAGAAGGCGGUGAGGGAGGAGAAGCAGCGGCGAGAAGCUGACGGGCAGGUCCAGUACCUGAGCGAGGCUCAGCUGGAUGCUAUUAUGAAACAGAACUCGGACAGUGACAUCACAGACUAUGAAGACCGCCAAACCGCCAUCAGUUUCCUGAUCGAGACCGGAACUGUGCUGCACUUCCCUGACACCAGCCGCGGUCUGUGCACGCUCUACUUCCUGUGUCCCGUGUGGCUGUCCGACUGCCUGUUCAAGCUGUUUCACUCGGUCACCAAGAACGGCAUGAUUGGAGCAGAAGACCUGAGGAAGCUGCUGGAGGAGAUGGGCUUCACCCCCCACACCGAGGAGCAGUUCAUCCAGUUUCUGGCAAAGUUUGAGAUCGCUCUUCCGGUCGCCAACAGCUGCUACCUGCUCCCUCAUCUCCUCCCUCCAAAGCCAGCCAUGGACCUGCAGCGCUUCCAGCAGCAGACCAACAACACUCUGCAGCGGCUUUUCAAAAUGAGCUUCAUUCCUGCGGGCUUCUGGGACCGCUUCAUUGCCAGGAUGCUCAUCAGCCUGACAGACAUGGACGUGCAGUCCGCGGAUCCUUCAAACAAGUAUCACAGGAGCUCCACCAUCUACAGCUUUGCGGCAGGACGACAGAGAAGUCGCUGCAGCACCUUUCGAGUGCGGCGCAACCACACCAUCUACUGGAAGGAGGGGCUUCUGGUCACCUUUAGCGGUGGCUACCUCAGUGUGGAGUCGUCGUACGUGAACUGGAAGAAAACGAAGAGUGGAGGGAUCAAGAUUAUCUGCCAGUCGGAGAACAGAGAUUUUUCCGCCAUGGCUUUCGUCACAGACCAUGUGACCGCCCUCAUCGAGCAGUGGUUUCCUGCUCUGACAGGCACCGAGAGCGACGGCAGUCUCCUGGUGGAGCAGUACGUCCCCUGCUCGCUCUGUGUCUCCCCUUGCCAGGAGAAAGGGGUAAAGCAUCAAGCCGUCAGGCCCUCACAGGUUGAAGAGUUAGGGGGACAGGAAGAACCGGUCCAUUAUUUUAACAUCGAGGAUUGUGUUCUGGCUGCGGUGGAAGGGGACCACAUCACCUGUCCUCGGCACCCGGAAAAGCCAGUUCCUCUGCAGGAGCUGGUCCCAGAACUCUUCAUGACCGACUUCCCUUCUCGGCUCUUUCUGGACAAGGCAAAGCUGGACUUCUGUGAGGACGAUGCCCACAUCCUUGGCCAGGGCGGCAGCGGAACCACCAUCUAUAGAGCCAAGUACCAGGGCCAGCCGGUUGCUGUGAAGCGCUUUCACUUCAAGAAGGAUCAGCGGCAAACUGUCAGUGCCACAGACACCAUGCUGAGGCACCUGCAGUCUGCAAACGCCUGUCGUAGCUUCUCGGAGUUUCGGCAGGAGGCCAGCAUGCUGCACUCCCUGCAGCACCCCUGCAUCGUGUCCAUGCUGGGCAUCAGCAUCCACCCGCUAUGCUUCGCCCUGCAGCUGGCUCCUUUGGGCAGCCUGAACACCGUCCUGGAGGAGAACCACCUGGGUUGUGGAUUCAUGCCUCUCGGUCACAUGCUGACCUUUAAGAUGGCCUAUCAAGUGGCAGCUGGACUGUCUUACCUGCAUAGGAAAAGAGUCAUCUUCUGUGACCUGAAGUCCGACAACAUUCUGGUGUGGUCUCUGCAGGCGCUGGACCCGGUCAACAUCCGACUGUCAGAUUACGGCAUUUCCCGGCAGUCCUACCAUGAUGGCGCUCUGGGGGUGGAGGGGACUCCUGGCUAUCAGGCUCCUGAGGUCAAACCGGGAAUCGUCUACGACGAGAAGGUGGACAUGUUCUCCUAUGGCAUGGUGCUAUACGAACUGCUGUCUGGGAACAGGCCGGCGUUGGGUCAGCACCAGCGCCAGAUAGCUAAGAAGCUGUCCAAAGGCAUCCGGCCGGUCCUGGGGAACCCUGAGCAGGUCCAGUUCCAGAGUCUCCAAAGCUUGAUGACCGAGUGCUGGGACAACCGUCCAGAGAAGAGGCCGGUGGCGUCGCAGUGUGUCCAGAGGAUGCAGGAUCCAGGGUUCGCUUGCCUCCAGUACCUGCUUACGUGCGGCAGCCAUUCCCAGCUCUUCCUGUCGCUGCACCAGGGAUCCAGCGCCGUGUUCUGGAGCGGAGAUGGCGAGGAGAGGAACUACAGCGUGGUGAAUGUGGAGAAGGGUCAGGUGGAGGUAAACCGGAUGUCCUGUCCGGGCAGCAGGAUCAGCUCUCAGAUCCGAAUCCAGAGCUGUCUGUGGAUGGCCACUGAGGAGCAGAAGGUGUUCAUUUACAGCCUGAAGGACAUGUGCCCUCUCAGCCGGCCCCAGAAGCAGCUCUUUGUCCCGGCCGUGAUCACCUGCUUCUGCCACGUUCCAGAUGGAGAACAGAACCUGGCUCAGGUGUUCGGCGGCAUGUCGGACGGCCUGCUGGUGGUCUACAGUCUGCUGGACGACCUUCCUCUGGAGGGGGAGACCUACCUGUGCUGUCACACCCUCAACAAGACCAGCUUUGGACUGACGGACUCGGAUCCCCGGCAGAUGUCUUACCCUGUGGGGGCCAUGGUGCUGGUCAGCAGGGGCUCCCAGCUGUGGUUCUCCAAUGGUCCUGGGGUUCUGGUCCUGGAUACUGGGAGUCUUCAGGCUGUCCAAAGGCUGGAGCCGUACCAGAGCCCGUCCUCUGUCGUUUCCAUGACAACAAGUUUCAGUUUGUGGGGGGAGGAAGCUGUGUGGAUGCUGGAUGAUCACACCAACCAGCUGCUGCUUUACCACGCCGCGUCCUACCAGCUGUGUGCCACCUACUGGUGCGGGGACAGCAGCCCUCUGCAGGGGGGCUUUACUGUGGAGCGGCCACCAGAGGGCGCCUCAGCGCCAGCCACCGGACCGAGCCGCACACACCCCGAAGAGCUGGAGCAGAGGACCGAAGAGAUGAAGCUGAUCGUUCACGCUGAAACAGGAACUCAGAUGAUCCGGGACUCACUGUCGGAGUACUGCUCCAUCUUCUCCUCCUGCUCCUCGGAGCAGCAGGAUUCCUACUGCAACCAGGAGGUCUGGGACUUCGUCCCGCCUCAGUCCAGUCUGUCCCCUGCAGAACCCGCCGCGGCGCAGCUGCCAGCCUUCACGGUGCUGCUGGUCAACGGGACUUUGUGGAUCCCCAGGCGGGGGGGGGAUGUGCUGGUCAUUGAGAUGCAGUCGGACACCAAUCACCUGAGGGGGCGUGUCAAGGCCGUCCUCAGCCCCCCCACUGACUCCUCAUUGGGGGUUCUGAAGGACGCCGCGCUGGUCUCCAAACACGCCGUGGUUUGUGGCUUCCAGAAGGAAAACCAGGACUGGACUCUGGUUGUGUGGAGGUCCUGGGGCCCGCACGAGCUGGACAUCUUUUACCGGACCUCCGAAGAGCUGAGCCGGCUGGAGUUUAGCCGUAGGAGAAGAAAGUAGACAUCCAGCGUCUGGAUUGUCCCUCACCUGGAAAUCAAACCUGUGACCACCUGAGCUGGUGGAGACGGAGCCUCUGUAGGCCGGCGCCGCCGUGCUGUGAUCUUCUGCUGCAGAACCUGAGGUUCUGUCUGAUGCUGCCGUCACAUCAGUCUCAGAAGAAACCUAAAGGACAGACAAGCUUCCUCAGAAUGUAAUCUGAUUACUUUCUGAAUAAAGAGUCUGAAUGUUGAACUGUCCGGUCGGGGAGACAGCAGAGCACCCCCCACCCUAAUAAAGACAACAGAGAUGAAUGGAAGGGGCGGCCAGGUCCGGGUCUGAAACGGUUCCUGGUUCUUCUGCACGAAUCCUCUUCACUGAAGAUCCUGAAAUGAGCUUUGACCUCUCAGUCUUUCCAUUGUCUGGACCGGCUCAUGACCCGGAUCUGGAUCUGCUGCUGUCUCAUCAACACUCAGACCUGUGACUGUAUGUGAGAACUGGACUGAGUGACCUCGCCCCCUGCUGUUCCAGACAGGAAGUGAAUCCCAGAAACAAACAGCUGCUACUCCAGUCAUGAACCGACCAAUCAGACGCCCCAGGAAAAGUGGGCGGUUAGGUGAUGAGCCUUUUAAGCCUUCAGUUGACCGAUAGACCAGUUUCAUGGCGACGUCAGACAAAAUGGCUACAGGCCACACUCUUUACUUCUGGCACUCGCAUUUAGGACAGUCAAGCUGACCGCUGUUUGACACAAAAUUACGUAAAUAAUAAAAGGACAAAUUUCACAAGAAAAAUGUACAAUGUUUAUUCUCAAAUCUAAAUAAAAAUACUUCAUAAUCCUCCAAUAUUGGAUGUUUUAUUAAUAAUAUCAACUUUCAUUUGAGCAGAUUUUAUUCUAACUGGUUCUAUGUUGGUUGAUGUUAUUUCCUCGUAUUUUUAGGGCGAUCAGCACAAAAGCUGAUAGAAAUUCAUGUUGUUCACAUUCAAUACCUGCAGCAAAGACGCAGAUCUCUGCAUGUCUAUAUGGAUGUUAAACAGGCCCUACCAUAAAAUUCUACUUUUUGAGGUUUUAAAUGCAUUUUACUGUUCAUUCCUCACUUUAAAGAACCCCAAAAUGGCAUUUUGAUCCGUUCAUGUAUUUAAGAGUAAUC